CAUUGCCUACCUGUGUGCACGAAGUACAUAUUCAAAUUGCCAGACAUUUUGCUGGCACGUCUGUCAGGAUGCUUUGGGGCGCAGUCAGUGAGGUGAAGUUAUUAUAUCAAUCAAGUUUUUUGGCUUGAGUGGUGCAAGAUAAUAACGUGUCAAAUAUGAAGCUAUGGUAUGCCUACGACGCUGGUUUAUCAGAAAAAUUAGUGAGCUACACGCACAAUUCAGAACUUACCUUUUAAGGCCGAUCAUUAGGUAUGUUAGUAUGAUGAAAUAAUACUGGACUUUACCUCUCGAUUCCUGCCCUAGACUUUUACCGAAUCUAGGAUAUUAGAAACUUACCUCAACGCAAGGCCAAUUCCACGG